AUGGUUUCUGACGGACAUGGCGGUAUUAAUCAAUUGGGAGGUGUAUUUGUAAAUGGGAGACCAUUGCCAGAUAUUGUUCGUCAAAGUAUUGUUGAUCUUGCAAAACAAGGUGUGCGUCCAUGCGAUAUUAGUCGACAACUUCGUGUUAGUCAUGGUUGUGUAUCAAAAAUUCUUGGACGAUUUCAUGAAACAGGUUCUAUUAAACCGGGCAUUAUUGGAGGAUCAAAGCCAAAAGUGGCAACACCCAAAGUUGUCGAUGCAAUUACAAAUUAUAAACAUCAAAGUCCUACAAUGUUUGCAUGGGAAAUACGUGAACGAUUAAUUGCCGAUGGAAUUUGCGAUCCAGAUAAAGUUCCUAGUGUUAGUUCAAUCAAUAGAAUUGUCCGAAAUAGAACCAUUGAAAAACACAAAGAUAUUUCAGCAUCGGUUACAUCCUGUCGUCCAUCGCCAACAUCUUCAACAGAUGAUGAACAUUAUGAAGGAGCAGGAGGAACUACAUCUUGUUCACCAGGUACAAACAAUGCUAAUGGUUAUUCUAUUCAUAGUCUAUUAAAUUAUUCACAAUAUUCAACAGCAGCUUUAAAUGGAAAUUAUGUACAUGAAAAUAAAUCACGAAAAACUUUUCAAACACCAACAUCACGAACAUCAACAACUAAUAGAGGAAUAGCGGCAACGGCCAUCAAUGAAACUGGUAUAUCAAAUGUCGUACCAUCAACAACCACGAACACUUCUUCUAAUCCGAAGAGUCUGUCAGUUGAACAAUUUGAAUGUUUGGAAAAAUGUUUUCGAGAAAAUGCCUGGGCAGAUAAUUGUCAUUUAGAUAAUAUUAGUAAAUUAACAGGUCUUGAAGAAAAUGCUAUAAAAUGUUAUUUCGAACAACGUCGAAAUAAAUGGAAUAAAAAUAAUGGAAGCGCAUUAUUUAAUUCUUAUUUACACUAUCCAACAUGUGUUACCACAAAUGAAUUUUCAUCACAAAUAACAGACACACCAUCAGGCUAUUCAAGUAGUUUCACUCCUACUCAACAAAAUUUUACUCCUAAUACGUCAGUUAAACACGAUAGUGAUGCAAUGUCUGGAUCAAAUGAAUUAUUUUGUUCUUAUCCUACCAUGUCAAAUUUUUCAAUUUCACCUACUCAAGCAAAUAAUAGCGGAGGUGUUGAUUAUUAUAACCAGUACUCUUAUUCUAAUUGGCAGUAUGCUGGAUUUAAAACAUAUUAA